AUGAAAAGAUCUGACGUCAGACGAUAUAAUCCAUGUGAAAAAUUUUCGAGUACUGAAUCACUAAGCGAAGAUGAUUUAAGUAAAAAUAAAAAUAAUAAAAUAUUCACAAACUUGGAAACAAAUAAUCCUCAAGAACUAAAUUCAAAUUCAAUAACUAAAAACUUCAAUUCUGAAAAUCAGAAUGAAAAUAAUAAAAAUAAAUUAAAUUCUAACGAAAAUUCGAAUCGCAUACGUAAUUCUAACGAGAAUGCAAAAUUAAAUAAAAAUUCUAAAUGCAAAGUCGUAUCAAAUCCAGAACCAGAUAAAUCAAUAACUCUUCCUGAUUAUUCUGACGGAUCGUCGUCAUCAAGAGACAUGUAUGAUGCUGUAACUCUGAGAAAAAAACUCAUUAAAGUCCACCCUUCGAAUUUAAGGGACGAAUCUGAUAUGACAGAUUUCGGUUUGCCUUAUAUUUCUAAUAAUUCUAUAAACUCUCCAAAACAUAAAAAUUCACGUAAUUUAACACCAUCACCUCAAUCUCCAAAUCCACAAGUUGAAAGUGGUAAAACCACGAACACUCCAUUAUCAUUACCACCCAACGUACAAACACAAGCUACAUAUACACAUCCAAAUCCAAAAAUACAGACAGAUAAGAAAAAUGUAAAAAUUAAUAAAAAUAAAUUUAAUCCUUCUCAAAUCAAAAGGACAACUAAAAUGGCAGAGUUUACACCCUCUCCUACGAUACGUACACGUAGACAAAUAAAUAAACAAAAAAAUUCAAAUGACAUUAGUACUGAAUCACCUAUCAAAACAAUCCCUAUCCCUCCAAGAACUCCUAUUAAACCGAAAUUCGUAAAUAAAAAAGACAUGGGAGGUGCAAUUCCUUGGUCUUCUGACGAAGGAGGCGAUUAUCCAAAACUUAUGGACGUCUCUGCGGUAAUUCAUAACGAACCAGAAAACAACAUAAACAUUUCAACUAACGACAUAGGGGAAAAUUCUUUUGUUAUUGAACCCAUGACAGUAAAACCACCCGACGAAACAACAACCAUAAAAACUAACAUAAUAACACAGGAAAAAAUAGCCAAUAAAAAUAUAGAAAAGACAAAGACAAACACUACAAAAGUAAACCCAAAUUUAACAGACGCAGACAAGAACAGACCUCGCGGUACUGAUGCAGAACAAACACAUACUAAUAAAAUUACACCAGAACUACGUAGAUCGACUAGAAAACGUAAACUCAAAACAUGUUCAUGCUACAUAAUGGUUACUCUAAAAGCAAUUAAACGUCAACAAAAUUUAAAUAAUAAACGAACUAAUGAUAGAUUGUCAAUAAUAAACGAAAAUACAAGCCCAGAAAAUUCACAACAAACUACAUCACGUAGAGAAUCACAAAACCCUACACUAAAUUCACUUGUUGAUCGAAGUUCAAAAUCGCCUGAACGAAUAAAUUCAUUCAACGACCUGAACUUCGAUCAACAGAUAAAUUCAGCUGACUACGAAAAUUUCGAACAGAUAGAACAAAUAAAUUCAUUUAAUGACCAAAACUUUGACCAAAUCGAACAGAUAAACUCAUCUGAUAAUGAAAUAGACACGACAAAAUUCGACACAAUUAAAUUCGGACAGAAAUCAAAACAAAUCGAACGACAAUGCGAUCAUAGUAGCAAACGACAAUUUAUCUAA